ACGAGUCGCUCUCUGGGGACGUGUGUGUGCCGAGCCCAGCUCUCCCUCCCAGUUUGGGGGACAGCUGGAGAAAUGGAAGGCAGGCCGGAGGGCGGCUCGCCAUGCCGGGCCUGGAGCGAAGGGCGCUGAGGAGGAGAGGGCGUGCCGGCAGAGCCAGGCCCAGUUUUUGACUCCUGGUCGACCCAUGGAAGAAGUUCUUGGGAGCGCCUUCAGCGGAGCGGCCAUGGAAGACGACCCGGGGCCGACCCAGGGCGCCCCCCCAGAUCACGGAAGAGGAGGGGACAGAAAAGAGGGGGGCCCCCAACCCUCUGUGCUGAGGACAGCCCCGCCUGAAACCACCGGCCCCAACGCCCAGCUCAAGCCCACCCUGCGGACAGGGCCAGACCCCGGGCCAGCCGCUGGGACCCCCAACCCUGGUUUCGUGGAGGACCCUCCGCCCUAUUCCCCUCCUGACCCAAAGGCUCUCCACUUGCUGUAUCCGGCGUGCCAGACCAGCCUUCCUGGGCAAGGACCCAUCUUCUACCAGCCAGCCUCUCUCCAGCAAGCCUGGCAUUCACUGCCCCACAUGCUUCCUGGGUCCUAUCUCUCCACCAUUUACAAUGCACCCGGGUUCAGCGAGAUUCCUCUUGAGGCUGACCAGAGGCCCCCGCCGAAAGAUUAUCUGGUGGAAUCUGUGCUGGUGCUGCUCUUCUGCUGCCUGCUGACCGGAGUGGUUGCCUUGGUCUAUUCCCAUGAGACACGAGCCGCUCUGAACCGUGGAGACCUCAUCCAAGCCAAGGCAGCCUCCCAGAAAGCACGCUCCCUCGUCCUGUUCAGCCUGCUUUUUGGCCUCUUCAUUUCGGUCAGUUGGGUGAUCUACGUGGUGGUCGUUCUGUACCUGUGAUCAAGAGCAUCAGGAUGCACCUCAGCCCCCUGAAAGAUUAUUGCCUCUUCCCAACACACGUGGCCAGGCUGCGGAGAGGGUGUUCCUCUGCGUUCAGCCUCAGUCUUUUAGCCACUGGCAGCCCCACCAUCAUGAGCUGGCCGUCUUCACUGUCUGGGUUAGCAUGCCAAGGACCCCCAUGUGGAUCGUCUAUCCUGGAACUGGCUCCCUCGGCUGUCCAGUCUAAUCGUACUGGCAGAAAGAGACAGCGGUCAGGAUGCAAAAGGCGGCAAUGAUCAAGUGCUAUGUCGUACAUCAUCACUGGCCAUUUCUGACUGCAUGAAGUUCUCUUGGAUUCUCUCUUUGGAAAAGCGCUGAAGUCUCUAGUGCUUUCUCCCGGUGUGUCCUUCCUUCCCCAUCAUCUUAUUUUGACCCAAAUUAUUAUAUGGAGCUUUAUGUCAGCUGGCUGAGGAUAUAACUUCAAGCACACCAGGGCAGAAAACAACAGUUCAGACUUGUGCUUAGACUAGGGCAGAACUAGUCCAAUGGGAAGAAAAUGUCAUCUUCAUGAUACGUUUUUUGUUAGAAAAUAUUCAGAGCAGCAUGGAAUAUUCAGCAGAAUCUGGAAAGGCUUACACUUUCAUUUAAAAGAAGAAUCCUCAUUUCUAGUCCUCAUGACAUGAACACAACUUAAAACACUCAGAAACCAGAGUGGAUUGGACAAAAGGAUUCCCACAUCUUGAAUUUCCCGAUAUGGAAAUGAUUGUCAUCGUUUGCUCAGGGCAUAGAAUUGCUUGGUAUUUCUGGAGUACUCAAAGUAUAGGAAAGUUCAAAUGUAUUUCCUUGGAUUUGGAGAGAUAACCUUUGUUUGGAGGCAAAAGAACUGGAAAUUGCCAGCUUUCGGGCUUCAGAAUCAGGGAAAACAAAGUGGAAACCAAGGGCUAAAACAAGGCAGAAAAGAGACUGUGGUUCUCAUUUUCACACAAGCAGCUUAAUAUCAGCUGAAAAGAGCAGACAAACCUCUAAAGGUAUACUAAAGCUAUGAGAAUAGA